AACGUGACUCAAGCGUCGGAUUUGUUGCGAACCAAUCACAAGUCAGCCUCUCUCUAACUCCGGCCAACCAACUUUCGACCUAGAGAGUUUAACUCCCAUUUAAAACCAGAGCCUUUGAAUCCUAACGGCUGAGCUCUCGGAGCACUCGGGUCCUUGGGUCGGAGUCGGGAGCCUACGGGCAUCAUGGACGGAUCUAAAGAAAACUGCAUUUCAGAGCCUGUUAAGGCUACGGUUCCACUUGGAGGUCCAAAACGUGUUCCUGUGACUCAGCAACUUCCUUGUCAGAAUCCGUUACCUGCAAGCAGUGGUCAGGCUCAGCGGGUCUUGUGUCCUUCAAAUUCUUCCCAGCGUGUUCCUUCGCAAGCACAAAAGCUCACGUCCAGUCAGAAGCUAGACCAGAAGCAGAAGCAAUUGCAGGCAACUGGUGUACCUCAUCCUGUCUCCAAGCCACAGAGCAAUACCCAAAAGAGCAAGCAACCCCAGCCAUCAGCACCUGGAAAUAAUCCUAAGGAGGAACUGACGUCAAAACAGAAAAAUGAAGAAUCAAAAAAGAGACAAUGGGCUUUGGAGGAUUUUGAAAUUGGUCGCCCGCUGGGUAAAGGAAGGUUUGGUAAUGUUUACUUGGCAAGAGAAAGGCAAAGCAAGUUUAUCCUGGCUCUUAAAGUGCUGUUUAAAGUUCAGCUGGAGAAAGCUGGAGUGGAACAUCAGCUCAGAAGAGAAGUAGAAAUACAGUCCCACCUUCGGCAUCCUAAUAUUCUCAGACUGUAUGGUUAUUUCCAUGAUGCCACCAGAGUUUACCUAAUUUUAGAAUAUGCGCCGCUUGGAACAGUCUAUAGAGAGCUUCAGAAACUUUCAAAAUUUGAUGAACAGAGAACUGCUACUUAUAUCACAGAAUUGGCAAAUGCCCUAUCCUACUGUCAUUCAAAGAGAGUCAUCCACAGAGACAUUAAGCCAGAGAACCUGCUUCUUGGAUCAGCUGGAGAGCUGAAGAUUGCAGAUUUUGGGUGGUCAGUACAUGCUCCAUCCUCAAGGAGAACCACUCUCUGUGGUACCCUGGACUACCUGCCCCCCGAGAUGAUUGAAGGUCGGAUGCAUGAUGAGAAAGUAGAUCUCUGGAGCCUUGGUGUUCUCUGCUAUGAGUUUUUAGUUGGGAAUCCUCCCUUUGAGGCAAGCACAAACCAAGAAACCUAUAGAAGAAUAUCACGGAUUGAAUUCACAUUCCCUGACUUUGUAACAGAGGGAGCCAGGGACCUCAUUUCAAGACUGCUGAAGCACACUCCAAGCCAGAGGCUAACAUUAAGGGAAGUACUUGAACAUCCCUGGAUCACAGCCAAUUCAUCAAAACCAUCAAACUGCCAAAACAAAGAAUCAACCAGCAAACAGUCUUAGGAAUCGUGCAGGGGGAGAAAUCCUUGAGCGAGGGCUGCUGUAUAAUCUGUCAGGAACACGCUACUGAAAUGUUGACUGCUGCCCUCAAUCUGGAACGCUACAGGAAAUGUUGUUUUACUGAGCAGGCAGUGCCUCAAUCUCCCUAUUCAGAAAGCUCCACAUCAAUAAGCAUGACACUCUGAAGUAGCCACAGAAAUCGUGCUGCUUUUACUGGUUCGUAAUCUGGAGGCAAAUUUCAACUGCAGUGCCCUACAGCCCGGGCCAGGCAGGUGUUCUUGCAGGAGACAAACUUGGGGUCUGGUUAUAGGGAAAGUGACCACUUUGCUCUGACUUGAUCAGUUAACGAGCUGUGCAAUACCCUUAAAGUACCUGAGUGAGUGUGUAACUUAUUGGGUGGCGAAACCUGGUGAAGCUGUUGGGAUGAAUAUGUGAUUCUUUAAAUGUUAAAAUAAAGCUCUUUGUGUAGACUUCUGUUUUUUCUCCUGUGGCACCCCUUUGGAGUGCUCUCGGUCUGUCCUGUACCUGUUAGGCCUGGUUGGUUUAUAGUCCUCCUUAACCACUUUUCUGCUAUAUUGAGACUCCGUAAAAAUAGGAAUACGUGCUCUACCUCCUGGAUUCGCUUGGGAUACAGGAGAGACUGUGGGUCUCAAAGCUGUUAAGGGCUUUUUUUUUUUUAUUAUUACAUUGGAGUCAUGGCAUAUGUGUAAACUUCAAAUAUACAAAUAAAUAUAUAUGU